CCUCAGCCUGAGCUGGAAAAGAUCAUAGUCUGUGCUUCACCAGGAAAAUCCUGAAAACUUGGCCUGAAUUAGUAAUGAAUUUUAAAUCCAGUAAUAACUCCUCCCCCAGAAUAGUACUUAUACACCAUGCAUAGUGCAGGGCACUGCGGCUUCUGCACACCAUAGAUAUCUGUGGGCCCUAUAGGAAGCCAAAUACUGGCUUCAGUUCCUAUAUCACAGUUUAAGAGGGAGAUCUAGAUCUGGGCACAGGAGCUGGCAUACAUUGGUCCACUGAAUAGUUUGUAGAUUGUGGCAGUCAAAGACCCAAACACAGAGAUGGCCAGCAGGACUUCCCUCCCAGCAUCCAGAUCUAGGAUUUCGCUCCUGGCACCCAGGCACCUGUUGCAGAAGUUUGUCGCAUUGAGUCGCAUGCUGCUCCCUGGAGACACAUCUGAUGGAAGGGCCAGUGCAGGGGCAGCCCACCGAGAGGGCACAGCUGGCUCUGGAUAUGAGAUGGGGGAGGUCCAGAUGUGCCACACUGUCUACCCUUGGCACUCCAACCACCUGGGAGAACUGAGUGCUGGACAGCUCCUCACAUGGAUCGAUACUACAGCCUGCCUGGCAGCUGAAAGACAUGCUGGUUUUGCCUGUGUGACGGCAUCAGUAGAUGACAUCCAGAUUGAAGAGACAGCCAGGAUUGGACAACAAAUUUGCAUUAAAGCAAAAGUAAAUCGGGCUUUUAACACCAGCAUGGAGGUUGGUAUUAAGGUUGCAGUAGAAGAUCCACUCACAAAUAUACAAAAACACGUUUGUAGAGCAUUUUCAACCUACGUGGUCAAACCAACUGGAGAUAAAAAGGUUAAUCUAAAACCGGUCAAGCUGCAAACUGCCCAAGAUCACUUGGAAUAUAGUCUAGCGGCUGAAAGGAGGAGAAUCCGACUUUACCAUGAAGUGUCCUAUAACAAUCUGAUGGAGGAUGGCAGUGCUUUUUAUGACCCAGAUUGGGAAAAUGACCAGAACAAGAUGUCUACAGACUGUACCCGUGUAGAGAGCAUUGAGCUGGUUCUUCCACCCCAUGCAAACCAUCAAGGGAACACAUUUGGAGGACAGAUCAUGGCUUGGAUGGAAACUGUGGCUAAUAUUUCUGCAAGCCGCCUGUGUCAUACACAUGCAAUCCUUAAAUCUGUGGACAUGUUUAAAUUCAGAGGACCUUCCACUGUUGGAGAUCGAUUGGUGUUUCGAGCAAUUGUAAAUAACACGUUUCAGAAAAGUGUCGAGGUUGGUGUCCGAGUGGAAGCUUACAACUGUGAGGAGUGGACAGAGGGCAAACCGCGCCACAUUAAUAGCGCUUUCCUCAUUUAUCAAGCACUGAAUGCCAACAACCAGUAUGUAAUGUUCCCCAGAGUUAAAACUUCAACUAAGGACAGCAUCAGACGGUUUCGUGGAGCCAUCGCACGCAGGAAAAUUCGCGUGGCCAGAAAGUAUAUUCUAUCAAGCAAACCAGAAAAGCCAAUCUCUCAUCCUUGGGAAAAAGGCAACCAGGCAUAUCUUGGUUAUAAUAAUGUUGCCACGCUGACCUUUCUUGCUGCCAUUGAUGGAUGGGAACUGAGCAGCACAAUGCGGGCUGUGAAAGUUUUUACUCAUGAAGAAAAAGAUAUACUAUCAAUAAAAGUUGAAAUGCAAGUAAAGGUACACGCAAGCCAGGCUUAUUUGCAGCUGUCUGACCUCGGUCUGCGACCACAGUGGGAUAUGCACUACUUAAGCUGUAAAGUAGUUGAAACUGCCAGUGAUGAUGAUAACAUUUUUUAUAUAACUUCCCCGCCUAUAAAGCAAAGCAAGUCCAGGGACUUUGUGGUGCUGAUGUCUCGAAGAUCUCCAUGUAAAAUUGGUGAUCCUUACGUCAUUGCAGAGAGAUCAGUGACCUUGUCCUCUUGUCCUCCAUCACUAGAGUUCCUGAGAAGUGAGGUGCGAUGUGCUGGCUUUCUGAUUUACAGUCUUGGAAAGGAUGAAUGUCAGGUAAAUUACCUAAACCAGCUAACAUCUGACAUGAUGCCAUACAUUGAGGAGAACCUCACCGGGUGGUCUAACUCCAUAGAAGAGACUGCUUCCUCUUGUAUAAGAUUUUUGGAGACAGCCCAGGUCUAUACCACAAUAUUAUAGACAAGUCUGCUAUUCUAAUCAGCCAGGACUACUUUCCUAUUUUGUUUACAGAUCCAAGUGAAUAUGUGUGAACAUAACCCAACAACCUUCUUACAUCAGAACCAUUUCCACCAACGUCUGCACAAAGCCACAAUUUCACCAAAGCAGACCCUAGUCACUUUACUGAAAUUUGUGUUCUUUCCGAAAAUUAUCACAAUUGUGGACUGUUGGGUAAUCUCAUAGCUGAAAGCUUCAUCCAUGAACCUUCCAUGCUUACCAUUUUGUUAAUGCAUAUUCAUUUCUAGAUAGGCAUAUCUACUGUCAUUUGUCUAUUUAUUUUUAUGCAUGCUGUUGGUCUUGUCUAAUAAGGCAAGUGCACGGGGCCAAGCUGAAAAGCAAAAGGUAGCUCAUCUCAGAUAGGGUGCGCAGAACAUUCUAGGUGGUAAGAAUUGCAAAUAACAGUCAUUUGGACUCGAAACUUGGCAUUUAGCACAAUUAAACAUAACUUUUUAUACUGUGAAUAUGUGAUGCAAGGCCCAUGAACACUGGAAGGAGCACUUAGAGUUAAGUGAAACCCUUUUCUUCUGCUUCAGAACUUUUUUUACUACACAAGCUGCACCAAGUAACUGUUUUCCCAUCCCCCAACCUGCACCUGCCCAUAUCUCACCUUACCUACACACGAUUGUCCUUCCUCCAUCUCUUAUGCCUUUCCCUUUUCAUAUUUUUUGCACAACGUAGAAGGGUCUUGUAUAUGAAUUGCGGCACUGAAGUUCCAUAGAGGUGAAGUUACCCUUAACAAGGAGUAAUGCAAUAUGCAGUAAUGUCUAUAUGGAUGAAAUAGAAAAGACUUCAUUAUUUGUAUUGUAAUUGAGCAUGCCAGGCAAAACAUUUGUCACUUUAGAUUUGUGAUUUUUAUAAAGACAUUUGAACUUGGCUAGUAGUAAUUGGUUGCAUUCACCUGGACUUGUUCUAUAUUGUUGAAAGAUCUUUUCAACAUUGCAAAACAAGUCUAGUUGAACGUUACGAACUAUACAAUGUAAAGUACAAUGAGCCUCUGUAACCAAUCAAAUGUAAUCUUUUACUUCUUUUACUACAGUGGAAUCUGGUUGCUGAAGGUUAUUGUAACUUUUUAUCUAGUUAUUGCACUUUGCACUAUGCACUACAAUUAUUAAAUAAGCCUGUAUAGGUUUCACUAUUCACCUGAAUGGUGUAAUUAAAAAUUUGUAAAUUUAUAACACUAUCUAAUUUUUUAAAGCGAUUUUACCAUAAAGAAGAGAAGUGCCAAAUCAUUUAGCAGUGUUGCCUUUGCUUUGUCAAUCAGACAAAAAAGUGACAACUGGUGUAAAAAAUAUUUGGCUGCUGUAAGUCCCGGUACAUAUCUGGGUUGUGGAUAUUCUGUAUAGCUCAUCACUCCCACUAAUAUUUUGAUAAGCAUAACUUUUAAAUGUGUUUAAAAUGAUGUACUAAUUAAAAUGCAAUAAAACAAGUUAGUAAAA